GUUAGUUUUGUUUCCGAGUCAUUCACUAGAGCAACGUUGUAGACACAUUUCAGCUGGUAACGAUGUGAAGAAAUUGUGUUUCUAUGCUUUUGUCACGUUUUCGUCUGAGACGGCUGUUGGAUUUUCAGGAUGGAUCUUGGUAAAGCAAAGCUCCUUAGGAGUGGACUCAACACUCUACACCAAGCCAUCCACCCUGUGCACGGGAUUGCAUGGACAGAUGGAAAGCAGGUCUGCUUGACGGCUCUCUACUUCAUCAAUGGCGAGGUGAAGUUUGGAGACACCAAUGUAAUCGGGCAGUUUGAGCAUGUCUUCGGACUCUUCUGGGGCCCACUGUGCUGCUCGGACUCCCCUGCCCUUCUGGCUGUCCAGCAUAAGAAACAUGUUACGGUGUGGCAGCUUCAGCUCAGUGCUCUUGAGCAGAACAAGCUGCUGUGCACGCAAACCUGCGAGAUGAGUGAGCCCUUUCCCUUGCUUUCUCAAGGCUGCGUCUGGCAUCCUAAACUGGACAUGCUGGCUGUGCUGACGAAGCGAGACACGUCCGUGUUGUUUUCUGUCAGGGUCGACAACAGGAGGAUCAAAGCAGACAUCAAAGGCAGUGGGCUCAUUCAUUGCGCUUGUUGGACUAAGGAUGGCACCCGCCUGGUGGUGGCUAUUGGCAGUGCUCUGCAUUCGUUCAUUUGGAAUGACAUCCAGAAAAGCCUGGUGGCAUGCACUUUUUGCCCUAUCUUUGACGUGGGGGGCUACAUCUGUGCAAUUGAGGCCACCGGGGAAGCUCAGGUAGCUGUGGCUACAGAGCUACCGCUUGAUAAAUUAUGUGGACUAAACUCCGGGAUACCUUUUGACCUGCCGACAGAGACCCUGCAAGGUCAGGGCUCGCACAUAGUCAUGGCAGAUGAUGAUGGCAUUUUGGAUUCAAGAAGAAGGUCUUUUGAGUCAGAGAGAUCAUAUAUCCCCAGCUCAGGCCCCCUUGAUCUUACCCAUCUCCUGGCGAAGCACCGUCGCUCGGAUCCCAGCCCCCUUAUCCACUUGCGGCGCAGAGACACUGUGACAGGUACUGGGCAGGACAGCUCGCACCUCGUUCUGGUUACCUACGAGCGAAAGGUAACUACAACCCGCAAAGUCAGCAUUCCAGGGAUUUUGGUCCCUGAUAUUGUUGCUUUUGAUCCUCGUGCCUCCACAGUUGCAGUUGCUUCCAAUACCUGCAACAUGGUUCUUGUUUACUGUAUCACACCGUCUGCUAUGCCCAAUGUCCAGCAGAUUUCUCUGCAGCAGAACGAAAGACCCAAAGGUGUCUGCUUCCUCAGUGACAAGGUUCUGCUAUUGAUGGUGGGCAGGCAGAAGACUACUGAUCCUGCCUUCCUUCCAUCUUCCAACACGGACAAAUAUAUUCUUCGCCUCAUAUCCAAAGAGCUAAUAUACGACGGAGAAACAGCUAUUGCACCAUCCCCCUCUGCUCUCAACCAUGAAUCUUCUAAUUUCUGCGCAGGGAUUAGGAGACACUCAGAGCACCUGUCAAAGGAUGACAGGGAGCGGCCAGGGAUAAAAGACUUGGUUCUGCCUGGAAGGGUAGUUUGUUCGCCAGGGAGCAGACGCAGGCUGGUCGAGGAGAUCAGGAGCAACGAACCCAGCCCCAUCACCACCUCCGUAGACUUCUCUGAGAGGCAAGAAAGAGCCUCGUCCAGAGCCUCGUCCAUCACAGUCGAGAACUUUGACAUGGACCAUGUCAAUCGGAUGACCAGCCUGGCAGUCGGAGCCCAGGCCAGCAGAGACUCCAGCCGGGCAAGUUCUCCUCGCUUCGAGCCAUCGGAGAAGCUCCACUCGGAGCCGCCGACGCUACCCAUGCCUGAGAAAACAACCGGAUGGACCAGAGAGCGCUCCCUGGAACAGCUUGUUCACAACAUGGAAAGGCUUUUUACACGCUUUGCAGACGUACAACAAUGCCUGACAGAAAUCAGAGAUUAUACGCAGAAUGGCAAGAAGGCCCCAACGGUCUAUCCCAACGUUACUGAUCCCCCAUAUGUCAAUGUCACAUGCCAGAAGCAGUUAUCGGAGAAUGUGUUCAUCGAUGAGAGAAGGCCAGUGCUUCUGUGUGAUGGGAAGCUGUGCCUGCGUGCCAUCCAAGACCUUUUCAACCUUACCACUGUGGAGAUGAUGUACGGACCGUUGUGGAUCGUACUUGUGGCAGACGCUGAUGGCUUCGUGCCUCUGACAUUUAAGCCCAAAGAUGAACUGACGGUGCGGAACGGGAAGAGGAAAUCUACCCUCCGGACUCCUGGAAGUCCAGAGAAUUCCUGUCCAUCCAGUCCAGCCCAGAGCCAAAGCCCGACAACGACUGCAGAGGCCUCUGUGUAGUAGCUCCUGACACACCUGUAGAGACUCUCGUAGUAGUGUUUCUCUUUGAUUUUCAAACCUGUGACCUCAAUGCCACAGAAAGCCAUUGUUCACACUGCAAAUUAUAUUUUUAUAGUAAGAAAAAAACGUGGUUUCUAAAGAGUUGCCCUGUCAGAUGGUAUAUUUAAAUAUUGCUUCUUUAAAAUGAGAUUACCUUAAAAAGUUUCUAUAUUUUUGUUCUUUGAGGAAAUUUCAUUCAGUCUUUAUAGCGUUCCUCCUUAAAAAGCGAAAGUUCUAGAGUGCAAUUCUGAGCUAUUCAAGAUGUGUCCCCUGGCAAUAUCAUGUAAUUUUCUCCUCCAAAGAAGUGUAAGAUUCAGUUUUUACUCCUAAAAUGUCUGAAAUUUCACUUCUCUGCUUUACGUUUAACCUCAAAUAUGAAACUGUUAAUGUUAUACCAGAAAAACUAAGAAUGUCUAACACAUGUAAACAAAGCCACCUAUUUUCUUGGUUGAUGGCAGUAAGACAUCUGACCACAAGAGGGUGCAACACUCCUCCAAUUCUCUUAACUGCAUGGUCUGUUCAGAAGAAAGCAACAAUCCAGUCAUAUGGUUUUACUUUUAAGGACAAAAUAAAUGUGCUCUUUGCUGUUGUUACUAAAAUAUAUAAAUCUAACCUCAAGUGUAAAAAGGUCAAACAAAAUACAAAGUUAUGUGUAUAUGUGUGUGUGAAACUAAGUACACCCCAUAAUUCAAGCCAGACUUGAGUCAAUUUCUCAUUGUUGAGAACUGUAGACUUAUUUUUCUAGAUAUUACAAGUAGUGUUCACAGCCAUUCGUUUCUGCCAGCUCGCUUCACGUCCAUCAACGAUAUUUCAAUCAAAUGGAGGUUUUACCAUUUGCACUUUGGUCCCAUUUUUUUGUAGGACAUUGUUCCAAUAGUUUUGCGGCUUAUCAGCUCAAAUUUUUCUGCCAGUUUUUGUUUAGAAUCCAGUUUUUUAUAGUCAACCAAUCCAAACAAGCUAGCCAUCUUUUUCUAGAUCACAUUGUCUAGAAAUGUGCGGUUUGACAUGCUAAGUGAAUCCAGUGAAGGAGAUGUAGCUCCUGGGUUUUUGCAGUUUUUCUAAACGUUAUGCAACUUGCUGUAUCUUUGGAAAGAAUUUUCAGAGAAAUUCACACGAGGAGAAAAUGUCAGCCGUCUUAAACACUUUGCAUUUGUAAAAAAAAUCUUAGUUGAAAAUGGCCUUAACCCUUUCUAGAUUGAUGGACAGCAACAAUUGCUUAUUUACAAUCAUUGCUGUUGCCUUUGCAUUGUGUCGACAAACUGCUUAGAGGGGGUUUCCUUGUUGACGACCAAUCAAACAGUGCAUUGCAUUUGCUUUUCUGGCUUCUAGGAGGGAUGUACUUACUUCGUCACAUAGAUUCUUUUGGUUUGGAAAAAAUAAAAUCUAUGGCAUGUUUAUGUACACUUCAGGUGAGAUUUUAAAACUUGGUAAAGACCAGAUUGGUUUUAUGAUGUCCUUAUGGACAAAACUCCAGAAUUGAAAGAAGGUGUACUUUCUCCUAUACCAUAACGGUAAAUGCUAUUUAUGACUACCAAUAAACAUACAUCUUCAUACAA